UGUUAUGAUUCAGAAGCAAAGGGAUCCGAAAUGCACAUUGAUUCGAGGGAUUUAAAAGUGCAAACUUUCUAAAGGGGAAACUGCAAGUACAAGGAUAAGAGUGACGCCAAAAGGGAACUAAGUACUUUGAAUUUGAAUUGCCGGAGAAGCGACACAAGGGAGAAAAAGAGUCAUCUUUGGAUUAUAGUAGACCGGAAAUGGUAAGAGGGGUGGGUUCGCAAAACCUGCCGGCGGACGUCACACAGCUGAUCGAUCAGUUGGAGCGCCACUGCUUAGCCCCUGAUGGAUCUCUCGUCUCCAAAUCCGCUUACUUCGAUCGCCAACUCGCGAGAGAAGAAAUGUCAAAGGAGAGACAGCGCUAUUUGGAAUCCUUAGCAGUAUAUAUUGAGGCGACCGCGAUGGUAGAAGAUUACCAGCAAGCCAUUUCUGUGGCCAAUCUUGGUGGUAUUCGAGAUGUGCAGGGUUUAUACUCUCAAUUGGGCUUGAAAAACCCUCCUCAGGUUUAUGAGGCUCUUGAGCAUAGGAUGGUUGUUGCUGAAGCAGCUCAGAGAUUGAGGCUUCCACUUAUCUCCAAAGACGGUGAGAUUCACGAGGAUGAAAUUGAAAAAUGGAGUGUACUGUCGAGAUGUUCUAGUGAUAGCACAAGCACCAGCAUCACAUUAAGCUCGAGCUCAAACUCAACUUAUCAAACCAAUGCAUCUGUAAUUGGAGCUGUUCCUGCAGCAAGCAGUGCUUCCACUACCGGUACAACUGAUGCAACAGAACCAGAUGUUGGUGGUGUUCCCAAUCGAUUCCUUGGAGUUACGCCUGCAUAUUUAUGGCAAACUCAACUACAUCAGAUGUCAUCAGUGGAUGUGGCAGAAUACCAGAGAUUGCUUUCACGUGAGAUUGGAAGCCGGUUGGAUGCUAAAUGUGAUAAGUUAUCUAAUGCAGUUGCUAUUGAUGACAUUGAUAUAUCUGCUGGCAAUCAAAGUUCAGCUGCCCGGCUUCCAGAAAGGGUAAAGUUGAUCAUUGAGGAGAUUGAAAGAGAAGAAACAGCAUGGCGUGAGGAUUUAUAUUCAUCUAACAGAAAAUUUGCAGAAUACUAUAAUGUUUUGGAGCAGAUCCUUGGUGUGCUCAUUAAGCUUGUCAAAGAUAUAAAGUUGGACCAUCAACAUAAAUAUGAUGAACUGCAAAAGACGUGGCUGUGCAAAAGAUGUGAGACAAUGAGGGCAAAAUUAAGAGUUCUGGAACAUAUUCUCCUACUUGAGACGUAUACCCCGGAAACUAUCCCUGCACUUCACAAAAUAAGUUGGGUGGAUCAUCUUCAAAUUUACUACAUUUCCAUGAUUUGCUUACGCUUGUUCCCUGGACUACCCCCUCAUCCAGAAAAUCAUGGAAAUUUGAACAUUCAAAGAUUGUAGCACUACUGUUAUCCGGUAGGGCCAGCCAAUACUAAAAUGCAAUUGGAAGAUGGUUGUGUCAUGUUUUUCAUCUUUCCAAAAAAUGCCUCAAUUAAGAUUGUUCAUGGGCAGUGCUCAUUUCAUUUUCCAUGUAAAUUAUGUCAUCGGUGGUGAAGGAGCAUGAGGAUAAAAAAAGUGAUUGCUUAGGAAAUUGAAGACAAUUAAAUUGGACUUCACUGUAUGAGGAGCUCUUUCCUGUAUAUUUUCGCUUGUCUUUUGUUUGUCCUCACUAUUUCUUUUGACAAAAGUAGCUGAAUACUUGAGCAGAUGCCAUCACUAUAUGUCUCUAUUUGGGAGGUUUGGUGUUCAAUGAAGAAUUACACUUUUGGCUUGAAAGUAGUUUUCACUUAUAUUGCUUGGAUCCUCCAAAUGGGCAUCCGUGUUUGGAUCCUUUAAAAACGCAUAGCUUUUGGAUAAUACGACACGUAUCCAUCGGCAAUUUUGGAGGAUCCGAGCAACAUAGCUCUCACUAAUCCAUUAAUCUGAUAUUUGGGUUGUUCUGGGGCAUGGCUUUUUCUCCUAAACAUCUAUUUAUCUAGUUCUCUUCUUUUAGGAAAUAUUUUACUCUGUUUACUGUAUGCUAAACUGUAGGUUAAAAAAAUAAAAAGAGUUCAUCUACGACAGGAAGCUAAAAUAUGCUGACUCCUAAGAUGGUAGAAUAUCUAGCUCUGAUUCGUGCUUGGCACCACAAGACUGAUAUGUAUUUAUC